AACCAGACAGCCGUGAUUCACAAACACGGCAGACCCGAGAGAAAAGUGUCCUAAGACAACUCACGCCUACGGAACGGAACUGCUCCAGAAUCAGGAUGCCUCUCAACGCUGGCGCUUCACUUUAUCGACGGUCCCUGAAACUGGCCCUUGAUUGGGCCGUUCACCGCCAUAUCUGGAGAGGACAAGCUGUGUAUAUCCGCUCACUUUUCGAGGCCAACAAAGAUGUUCGCGAUCCCCGUCAGCAGAAGGUACUGCUUCAAGAGACAGAAAAGCUCCUAGAGACAUGGAAACACCCUGACCCUUACCGCGCACCUACGGCCCCGGGUGGCAGCAAGUACGAGAGAAAUAUUCCCGCCCCUCAAUUGCCCCUUGCUUCGGACAGCUCGGCACACUGA